AUGAGUGGGCUACCGGGCGCCGGGACCAGCCCAGGCCUGGGAGAGGCCUCCGACCUUAAGUUCCCUCUGGGCGCCAAGUUCAGGGAACCUCUCACCGAGGCUCGGUUCCAGCGGCUCUUCGGGGGCACAAACGAGCACCAGGCUACUCGCGCCGAACCCCGCUCGUCCCGACUGUGCAGACGGUGGAGGCGGUUGGCCAGCGCUUGCUCCGGGCCGGGGGCGUGGCGCCUGCUGCGGGCGCGGCUGCCCCCGCUGCGUUGGCUGCCCCACUACCGCUGGCGGGCCUGGCUACUCGGGGAUGCCGUGGCCGGGGUGACCGUGGGCAUCGUGCACGUGCCCCAGGGCAUGGCUUUUGCCCUCCUGACCUCAGUGCCUCCAGUGUUCGGACUCUACACUUCUUUCUUCCCUGUCCUCAUUUACACCUUGUUGGGGACUGGUAGACACCUGUCCACAGGAACUUUCGCGGUACUCAGCCUCAUGACAGGCUCGGCGGUGGAACGGCUGGUGCCCGAACCCCUCGGGGGGAACCUGAGCGGAAUCGAAAGGGAACAGUUGGACGCUCAGCGGGUUGGGUCGGCUGCAGCCUUGGCCUUCGGUAGCGGGGCGCUGAUGCUGGGCAUGUUCGCGCUGCAGCUCGGCGUCCUGUCCACCUUUUUGUCGGAGCCGGUGGUCAAAGCGCUGACCAGCGGGGCCGCGCUGCACGUGCUCGUGUCCCAGCUGCCGAGCCUUUUGGGGUUGCCCCUCCCGCGCCAGAUUGGCUGCUUCUCUCUCUUCAAGACGCUGGCCGCUGUGCUGACCGCGCUGCCCCGGAGCAGUCCGGCCGAACUGACCAUCUCGGCACUCAGCCUGGCGCUGCUCGUGCCGGUCAAAGAAUUGAACGUGAGAUUCCGAGACAAGCUACCCACCCCGAUCCCGGGGGAAAUCGUUAUGGUGCUUCUGGCCUCUGUGCUGUGCUUCACCUCUUCCCUGGACACAAGAUACGUCUCAGAUUCAGGAUGUGCUGAGUGGAGAAUCAAGAUUAAUGGCCUGUUAUUGGACUGCUCCCACGCCUUACACCUCAUGUCUUGUUUCCCAACCCAUCUUUCCCGACCUGUUGUCUGGCUGCAGGUUCUAGAGGACUCACUCCUAGUCGCACUGGUUAUCACUUUUGCUGUCCAGCCUCCCCUAGGCCCUCCAUCUAUAGCAGGACAAGAUAGGCUACCUAUUGACUCCAACCAGGAGCUCUUAAGGAAUGGUAUCUCCAACCUCAUCUCCUCCCUCUUCUCCUGCUUUCCCAACUCUGCCACUUUGGCUACCACCAGCCUACUAGUGGAUGCUGGUGGGAACACACAGCUGGCAGGUCUCUUCUCCUGCAUAGUUGUCCUGUCAGUGCUGCUGUGGCUGGGGCCCUUCUUCUACUAUCUGCCCAAGGCUGUCCUGGCUUGCAUCAACAUCUCCAGCAUGCGCCAGAUGUUCUUCCAGAUGCAGGAACUUCCACAACUAUGGCGCAUCAGCCGCAUGGACUUUGCUGUAUGGAUGGUCACGUGGGUGGCCGUAGUGAUCCUGAGUGUGGACUUGGGCCUGGCCGUGGGCGUGGUCUUCUCCAUGAUGACUGUGGUCUGCCGCACCCAGAGGGUGCAGUGCCUGGCACUUGGACUUGCUGAGGGGACGGAGCUCUACAGGCCACUCGAAGAGAGCCACAAGCUCCUCAAGGUCCCGGGGCUCUGCAUCCUGAGAUACCCAACACCACUCUACUUUGGGACCCGCGGGCAGUUCCGCCGCAUCCUGGAGUGGCACCUGGGGCUUGGAGAAGGACGCAAGGAGACUCCCAAGCUUGAUGGCCCACCUGAUGCAGUUGCUGAGCCUGUCAGAGUGGUGGUCCUAGACUGCAGUGGUAUCACCUUUGCAGAUGCUGCUGGAGCCAGAGAGGUGGUACAGCUAGCCAGGCGAUGCCGAGAUGCUGGGAUCCACCUUCUCCUGGCUCAGUGUAAUGCCUCAGUGCUGGGGACACUGACCCAGGCAGGACUCUUGGACAGAGUGACCCCAGAGCAGCUGUUUGUGAGUGUCCAGGACGCAGCUGCUCAUGCCCUGGAGAGACUGGAGCCUACAGGUCCAAAGACAUGCACAGUGUAG